AUGUUAUUGUGGUUGAAUGGAAUGACAAAUACAUCUAUAAAACAUCCAAUGGAUACUAUGAUGGAUGAAUACCAUGCUAAUCCAACUAAUAUCAUACCUCUAUUAGCAGAAGAUGAAUUUUUUAUAUAAGCAAAAAAUCUGAAUCCAAAAGUGAUAGACUUCAUUAGAUAACAUUAAAAAAGCAUUGCAUCAUAACUUCUAGAUUUAAUUGUACAAUAAAUUGAUCAAGUUACAGAAACUAAUCAUGAUCAUGUUGUCAUAUUCCCAAUUCUAUCAAUUGAAUUUUUUGAACUUGAUCUUCCACCCUUAACUUAAAUUAUUCUCUAAGAAGUAUAAUAUUAAUUCUUAUACUUCUUAGACUGCCAUUCAAACUCUAUUUGCCGGAUUAUAAAAAACUCCAGAUCUAAUCCAUGAACCUUAAUGGUCCAAUAUCUAAAGAUUAUUUGCUCUUUUAUUAUCCAAAGAACCUAAAAUAGUUUGCUAAAUCAUUUUUAAAUUCGAUUUACUUAAAUUAUUUUUAAAUCAUCUUGAAUCAGCUACAGUUAACAGUAUUCUCAUUUAAUUAUUCAAUCCUGAAUAUGCAAAUUAUGAAGAUACUAAACUAGAACUUCUUUAAUUAGGUUUUCGUGGCUUUGAUUUAAUGGAAGAAAUGAGUGUUCUUAAUUUUACUUACUUAAUCCAUGAAAUUAUGACAAGAUACUUUUCUAGUGAUCUAUGUUCAAAACUUAUAUAAUUUAUUGUCAGUAAAUAAAUUAUACUUUAAAUGUUCUAAUGUCUAAGAACUAAUCAUGAUAAAUUAUUCCUUGCUAAAAGUUCUGCUCAUAUAUUAUCACUUAUUUCUAAUUAUUAUUCCUAUACUAUGCAAAAUAUCAAUAUUUAUGAAGAUAAUAUUACUAAAAAAUAAACUGAUGAAAAUCCUGAAAUUGCUUAUCAUUAUCAAUUAACUCUUGAAUUUGAAUAAACUGACUUUAUGAAUACUUUUAUACUUGAAAUGAAUCUAUUUGUAUAAUCAUUUAAUCAAGUCUUAGAAAAUGAUAAUCAACGUCUCAGAACCUUACGUCUGAAAUUAUUAGAAAUUUUUGAUAAUUUAACAAGAAUUUCUAAUAUUAAAUUAUGGAAAUAAAUGAAUUAAUUAAAGUUAUUCAAUCAAAUUGUCUAAAUCUACUUUAAAUAUAAAAAUUCUGAUAUCUUUCAUUCAAUCUUUGAGAAAUUAUUAUUAUAUAUUCUCAAUAGAGCAAUAAGUGAUUUUCAUCCUUAUUGGUGUACUAUAUUAAUAGAAGAUAUCAAUAUUUAUUCAUUGGUUUCAGAAAACAUUACAUCUAAAAAUACAAUGCCAGGUUAUAUCUAUAUGUUAGCUAAUCAUUUAGCAUGGUUUGAGAAAGAAUUAAAAGAUAAAUUACUUAUUGAUGGAUCUCAAGCCAAAUAUUAUUAGUAAUUAAAACACAUAGAAGAAGUAAUAUUAUUAGAUGAUAAAUGGAGAAGAGCUAGUCCAAUAUUCAAUAUAUAAUUUUAAAAGUAUUCUAUUCCAUUAGGUGAAUCAUAACCAGGAAGUGAAAAGACUAUUCCUGUAUCAAUUGAACCUGUCAUAAAUAAUGGUAAUGAUUAAUAAUUAAAUAAUGUCAAUGCUUAAUGUCUAUUUAAUAAAGUGAAAAAUAAUCAAUAAAAUAUAGUAAGCAUUUCUGGUGAUGAACCUCCUGAAUUUGAAAGUCCAGAAAAACAUGAAGAAAAAGCAUAAAAUACAUAACAAGAAGAAUAUUAAUAUGAAACGAGAAAGUCUCCUGAAAAAUUUAAUAUUUAAGCUUCUCCAAAAUAGGAUGAAUCAGAAGUACCUGCUAUUCCACCAUAAAUAGUUAUACCUUAUAAUUAACAAUAAGUUAAAGGAAUGGAUUAUAAAUUUGUUGAAGGUGUUUAUUUGCAACCUACAUCACCUACUAAACCUUAAUAAUCUGAAUAAUCAUAAGAUAUUUAACAAUAAUACAAUUUUAAUUAAUAGAAUAGUAUUGAAUCUACUCCUGAAUCCACUCCUGAAUCUACUCCUGAAAGGAAUUAAAAUGAUAAAAAGAUUGAUAUGAUGUCAAUUAGUUUAUAAGAAUUUGUUAGACCUAUUAAUUAAACUAAAUUUACUAGUGAUAGCAAAACUGAAUAAUAAAAUGAAAAAUAAUCUAGUCCAAAUAAACGAGUAGAAGAUAUCAUUAAAAAAUAUUCUAAUAUGUCAAAAUCUGUUACAUUUGGAUAAGCUAAUAUUGGAACCAAUAAACAAAUUGAUAAUUUAUCAUUGAAAAGAAAAAAAUCAAUGGAAUCAUCAUUAAGACUUAAAUAAUUAGAUUAGGUAUAAAGUGAAGAUUUUAAAAUUCUAAAAUCAAAUAAAGAAGAUACUAAAAUAUUAACAAGUGAUAAUAAAAGAAUAUUGAUGGUAGAUGAAUUAGAUAAAGAACCAGAAGUUAAUUCAUUAAGAAAUAGUUUAGUUAAUCUUAGUAAUAUGAGUUUUUCAAGCACUUCAAGUAAAAAAAGAACUAUCAAAUUUAAAAAACCAAAAAAAUCUCAAUCAAUUGGAUAAGAGAUUAAUUUAAAUGUUUCAGUUCCUGAAGAGUUGUAAGCUAAUUAAGGAUUAGUAUUUUCAUUAUCAAGUUCAAAUUCAUUAAGAGAUUCCUUUUUAAGUACUUAAAGUAGUGUUACUGAAGAGAAAAAGUUUAGAUAAGCUAAUAAAAAGGAUUAAAGAUUUUUAAAUUAUAUUAGAAAUAUUAAAUGA